AAGGAAAUGCAUAUAUCCCUCAAACCAUUUCAAGAAAAAAUAAUUGUUCUUUCUUUCAUUGGAAAAAUAAUGGAAUUAGGUCCAAGAAAUUCAUGUGUGAAUAAUAUUGAGAUUGAAACAAGUAAUGAUAUUGAUGCAGCUGAAGAGAGUGGAUGGACAACUUAUUUGGAAGAUUUUUCAAUGAACCAAAGGGAAAAUUAUUAUAGAUCAUCAUCUGAUGAUAAUAAUACUACAAUUGGGAGCCCUUCUUUGCUUUCUCAUGCUGCUUCUCAUGCUGCAUGGAAAAAUAAUUCUCAGUCACCAUUUCUUAAGAGGUUGAAUUUGAAGAAACAAAAAAGAAACACCAACAUUUCUGAUCCUGAUUUGGAAGAUACUGCUAGCUCACCUGUCAAUAGUCCAAAGGUAAGUAAUUUCAAGCAGAUGGACAUCAAUUACAGAACAGAAAAUAGCAAUGGACAAUUCCAAGAAAUGAAGACAGUUGAGAGAAACAGCAAAUCUUUUGAUGGAAAAGGCAAUAAUGGGUAUAUAGAAUUGAAGAAGAAGGGACUUUGCUUGGUACCUUGGUCCAUGCUAGUCAACAAUCAUGGCUGAUCUCCCUCACAUCCCUCUCUCUUCAUGUAAAAUCUUCAUCUUUUUUCUUUGGGGU